AGACUACGUACAAGAAGAACCUCGUUGAGCUUUACAAAUUGGAGGAUAACAAGUAUUCCAUCAAGGACCUUGAAACAAUGACCCAAGAUGAAGAUGAGAGCGUACGGGCAUUUGGGAUGCGUUUCCAGAAGAUCUCCGACGUGCUGAUGAAGAAGGGGAAGAUUUCAGAGGUCGAGCGUUGUACUAUCUUCAUCGGACACUUGUCCAAAGGUAGGCAAAAUAGUAUACUUAGAGAUCUUCCGCGCGACAGGCUUGAUUUCCCAGAAGUCCUAAAGCUCGCGAUAAAGGCAGAGGCAGACGAUUACAAGGACUUGGUGUGGAGAGGGAUGAGGAGACGUGACUUCUCUCCCUACAAGGAGUAUGCCACGGAUAGAUGUCCUGAUUUCAAGGACUAUCCCUGGUCGGAAAAGAAUGAGGCCGUGGCUGAGGAAGUGAAGGAGAUACGGUACCGGGACCGCAGAGAUCGCGAGCCGUUUGCGCGAGCAAGGAGGCUGGAUGAUUACCCGCGAAGCCCUCGCUAUAAGGCCGAUCGGGGUAGAGGCGACUCCCGCGGCCGAUGGGAGACAGAUCAGGGCCAACGAGAUGGAUAUAGGGACGACAAAUACGAGAGAUCGGACGGAAAUGGAUAUAGGGACGACAGAUACGAGAGAUCGGACCAAGACGGAUAUAGGGACGACAGAUACGAGAGGUCGGGUCGAGAUGGCUACAGAGGUGGUAGGUAUGAAAGAGGAGAUCGGGACUGGGAACGACGAGAUGGGUCGCGCGAACGGUUUGAGCGAGGGGGAGAUGCGAGAGAGCAGCGCGACGAGUCGCGGGGGUGGUACAACCGAGGGGACCGACGCGAUGAGUCACGAGAGCGAUAUGACUCGGGGGACCGCCGGAAUGAUUCGCGAGGGCGGUAUGAGCAAGGAGGGUCUGGAGGAGACCGCCGCAACGAUUCGCGCGGUCAGAAUGAGAGAGGGGGAUAUGGCGUCUCAUCAGAACCAUAUCCCAAGUCGCCUGACCCCAAGGCAGCCAGAAGUUGGAUCUCUAGAAGCGCAGACGACAGGCCAUCUACUCCCAGGAACUCAUGCAUCUACUGUAGAGGAAAAAAUCAUAUCAAGAGGGAUUACCCGGACCUCAAACGGGCAAUAGAUGAGGGACUUGUCGUGCUUGACGACCGCACGUACGUCAAGUGGGCAGAUGGUCUGGGAGAUGUAUCGAUGUUCCCUUCGAUGAAGGAGAAUGUCAAAGCAAGGAGAGUAAAGCCGAGUGAAGAAAAGGAGUCGGUCAGGAGCCAGAGCAUCAAGAUAACCUUUGAGGGGGAUAUGGCGACCACACCCAUAAGGGUGGCAGCCACCAAGUCGGCGAGAGGGUCUACAUCGAAGAAGACUGACACGGAUUACGUGAUGGCGGAGAAGGACGGGCAGCGGGUCGAUGGAGAGGAGGUUAUCCUUUCGCCGCGAAAGAGGGGAGUGAAGAAGUUCUUAAUGAAGAGUUCGCUGGACGAGAUUGACACGGUCGAGCCACUGAGGCGGGCCCUUCGGCAACCCAUGCAGUGCUCUAUUCUGGAGUACCUGGUGGUAUCGAAGCCGGCUCAUGAUGAGUUACAGAUGAUCACGCGGAAGACUCACAUACCUCUAUCGGAGGAGGGUCAGGGGGGGCCUAAGGCAGAAGCUUCUACAGGAGCAGUAACGGGGGUGACUGCCAGAGCGGAUCGCAUGGCGACAUGUUGCGGAGCCGUCUGAUAGCGCUUAUGCUAAUCGAUGGUUUUUCCUACGAAAGCCGAAUGGCAAGAUCCGA